GAUUUUCUGAGGCUUCGUCUCAAGAAUCAAGUCGAGGACCACGGUUCCUUGAGGAACCCCCGGCGUUGGUAGAAUUCGAUAAUAGCAGUGGAGCUAUAGUUCCUUGUAAAGCCGAAGGAAACCCUAUUCCUUUUCUAAAAUGGGACUUGCAAGAUGGAUCACAAGCACGUGAUGUUGCAGGAUUGCGUCAUUUACAGCCGGAUGGAUCACUCGUUUUCCAUCCUUUUCGAGCAGAGGAGUAUCAACAGGACGUACACGACGCCAUCUAUCGAUGCGUUGUAUCAAAUACCGUAGGAAAUAUUAUUAGUCGACACGUACGAGUGAAAGCUUCAAUACAACAAUUCUAUAAAGUACAGGUGUUUGAUGAAUUCGUUACGACUGGAAAUAUAGCGGUGAUGCGAUGCCACGUGCCUUCAUCCGUUCGUGAUAGUGUCACGUUCACCUGGGAAAGAAAUGACGGAAUAAAGAUGACACCAACGGCCUUACAAGGCGGCAGGUACAGUAUUCUACCCUCAGGUAAGCUUUACAUUAGAGGGGUGACAGCAGACGAUGGAAGAGCUAGUUAUCGAUGCAUUGCUCGACAUCGCUUGACGUCACAGGUUAUCAGCAGCGUUACUAGCGGGCGUCUAAUUGUUAGAGAACCCCAAAGUCAGUUUGCUCCAAAUAUUGUUGACAGACAGCAUUUGGUUAGAGCCAAAGAGGGCGACACUGUCGAACUAGGUUGUGUCGCUCAAGGGUAUCCUGUCCCAACUUACAGGUGGUACAAGGAAAGAGAAAUAAUCUACGGCGGACGUAGAGUGAUCCAAGUUUUCGGAUCGUUGAUUCUUCAGUAUGUGGGCUCCGCUGAUUCAGGAAAUUACGUCUGUGUAGCUAACAACACAAAAGGCGAAGAAAGUGUUGAUAUAAACCUCAUUGUUACUGCUUCUCUCUCUGUUUACGUCACGCCUCAGUACCAUAUUGCUGACAUCGGUCGUCCUACUACAUUGAAUUGCUCUAUAGCGGGAUAUCCUAUUCACACUGUCCAAUGGAUGAAAAACGCCGCUCCUCUGGUGACAAAUUCAAGAAUCAGAUUAAUAACGCAAGAAGUACUUUACUUCUCCGUGGUUAGAAGAGAAGACAGAGGCAUGUACCAAUGUUUCGUUUAUAACGACAAAGAAUCAGCACAAGGAACAACAGAAUUAAAAUUAGGAGAGGUGCGUCCGACCCUUUUAUCAACGUUUGCAGAGCAGAACCUAAAACCUGGUGUCGACCUUUCGCUAAGCUGUUCUGCCUCCGGAAAUCCCUUACCACAAAUCACGUGGACUGUGGAGGAAUUUGGCGUUCCAGAAUCAUCCAGAAUUAGAUUAGGAGACUAUGUGACGUCCAAAGGGCAAGUAAUGAGCUACGUCAACAUCAGUGACGUAAGAGUGGGGGAUGGGGGAGAAUAUUCAUGUAUGGCUACAAACAUGGCAGGAAUGACGAAACAUUCUGCGAGCGUUAACGUCUAUGGGCCUCCGGUAAUUCGACCAGUGAAAAACAUUUCUAUUUUGGCUGGAGCCACCGUGACGUUACGAUGUCCAGUAGCAGGAUAUCCAAUAAGUUCGAUGAUGUGGACACGAGCUGGUUCUCCACUGCCGAAUUCUCUUCGUCAAGAACUUAAACCUGGCGGGAAACUUCUUGUUAAGAACGUGGAGCGUGCGUCUGACGAGGGAGAAUACACGUGUACGGCGAAAAAUAAUAAUGACCAAAGUGCAAGUGGAAAAUUGUUUGUGUCAGUCAACGUGGCGCCUCAUAUCGACGAAGAAGUCUUUCCCGAGAAAAGAACGGGGACUGAAGGAGAGAGGGUAAAGCUACUGUGUAAUAUUGUUAAAGGAGAUCUACCAAUAAGAAUCACGUGGGAUAAAGAUGGCGUGCCUCUAAGUCGAGAAAGAGGUAGAAGAAUCCAAAGUCUGGAAGAUUCGUCCAUGUUGAUCUUGAAACACCUAAAGUACAGAGAUUCAGGAAACUACACGUGUCAUGCCUCAAACGUGGCUGCAUCUGUCAGUAGAACGACAGCUUUAGUUGUCAAUGUACCACCACGUUGGUUGAUAGAGCCCGUCAAUAAAGACGUCAUUAGGGGUGAACAACUGACAAUUGACUGUGUUGCUGAAGGGUACCCCAACCCGCGGAUGUCUUGGAAGAAACAACUAGGUAAUAAAGUUGUUAUAUGA